GGCUGAAAAUUGACCUAAUGGGAACCAUACCAAAGGGUGGGGCUAGAGAUCCCUGGGCUGUGGGAACUGACCAAGACUUGAUGUAGACAAGGCAACCCCCCAGAAAGCCAGGGCAGAGGCUUGGUCCCCCUACCCUCUACAUCCCCUCCCUUUUCUAGGCCUUCUUCCCUGCAAUAUAAUUUAAACACUAAAUGCAAUAAUGAUGAGAGGAGGGGUUACUCGUUUUUGUGUUAAUGCAGCCUAUGAGAAGACAGACUCUAGUUUGCUUAGCCCUGGGGGUAGUCUAAGCUGAAACUGGGAUGAGGACUCUUGGGGGGCUGCCUAGAACACUGCAUCUUUUGUGCCUUCUCCCUUCUGCCAACACCCCCCACAUGCUGUAGCUGCCACUCUAUGGCCUUUUGUCUUGCCUUGCUCACUCACCCUCUUUGUUCUCAUCUCCCGAUGGGGGGAUGGAAAGAAGCAAUAAGAGCACCCUGGUGACAGCUCCUCUUGCCCCUGUCCCUUCUGGUCCCUCAUCCCUUGUGUGACUCCUCCAGCCUCAACCCCUCUGCUCAGGACCAGGGAGGGCCAGGGCAUGUGAUGAGGUCAAGAGGAGAGACUAGAAGUCACCACAGGGCGGGUAAUUCAGGAAGUGAUAGGCACCAGGGCAGGUAUUAGUGACUGGAGCAGGAAGGGAGGGGGAGAGGAAGCCUUCUGAUGAAUACGAUGGAUGUCCAAUCCAUCGGGGACAGGAGGUGACAAGGCAGAGAAUGAAUAAAGGGGAUGGGGUAGGAGAGGUGGUGCUUCUCUGGGAAAGGGAAGGGACUGCUGAGUGUACUCUCCUUCCUGGGGAUUUCCUGGGGAAACAAGUGGACACAGGGUGGAGUGGACAGAAAUUGCCCCACUGCUGAACCCUUUGCUUCCUUGCCUUCAGAGUCAGCUAUUAAUUUCCUUAGUCCCCUCCAGUUCUGAAUCAGAGAAGUCAUUAGCUCCCUUCUCUAACACCCCACACGUGUACCCACCAAUCACUAGCCCCAUUCCAGGUUCGAGGCUCCUGUUUCUCUUAGUACCCUCAAAUGCUAUCUGCAGUCUCUCCCUCUGUCCCAUGGAGAAUGAGGAGUCAAAGAUUACUAGAUAUUCCAGGAACCACUGGAUUCGAAAUGUGGGGGAGGGGGGAGCAGGGAUUGACUUUGAGUAAUCUGGAUUCCCAAGAGAGCAGGUCUUGUCUAGGUGAGAGGCUGGCUGACCUGAGGAAGGGGGAGGGUUUGGGGUAGUUGGGAGUAGGUAGGAACAGAGCCAAGAGCCUGGGGGAAGCUACUGGGAGCUGAGCCAGGGGAAUGGGCAGUCAGGAAGUCGGGGAGGAGGAGGCCUAGGGUGGAAUGACUGUUCCAUGCUUUGGAUAGGGUAGGGGUAACUCAGGAAGGCAUAGCAGAGGGGGGAGAGAGAGAAAGCGAGCAGAAAAGAUAUACUCUGGAUCUUCCUCCUCUAAAAAGAAAAGUAGUUGACUUGACUCCUCCUUUGCCAUCUGUUUAUUUUCAUCCCAACAGAAAGGUCCUGACUGCUGUCUCCUGCUUUCCUGUCUCUACUGCCUCUUCCACUUGGUCCCAUCCUCUCUUCUCUCUUAAUACUUCUUUACCUGUUCGCCACUUCCUUUUAAACCCAGACAGCUUGAAAUCAACCUCUGGGGUAGAGGGCAGCAAAAAUGACAUGUGAGGGCGUCUAGGCUAUUCCAGGCUGGACAGUAGGGACAUGAAUUCUCCCAGGACAGAAUCUCAUCUGUGUGUGUUCGCCAGGCCCUUUCCCCGAGUCCCUGCUUCCCUUGGGGCUCUGUCCCACCAAAAAGGGAAAGAGACAGCUGAGGGCUGCUGGUGGGAUUUGGGGAAAGGAUGUGUCAUCAGCUGGCUCGGUGCCCAUAAUGCAUCUGGUUGCUAGAGAUUCCCUUCCCCUGGGCAAGUCCCUCUUUUUUUUUUUUUCCUUUCUUUUUAAGGGAAAGAAAAAAAAGGAAAAGAAAAGAAACAACUAAGGUCUUUGGGAAGCGAUGAUACAUGCGUCCGAGUCCCACUGACUGAGCUUCUGGCUGAGUGGCUUACAGAUCAGCCAAUCACACACAGAGGGAGGCUCGGGAUGCUUAAAAGAGCUGGCGGGGGGAGAGAGACUGGGGAGAACCCGGGGGAGACCCACUGAUACACAGAAAGGAAAGAGAUUGAUGAGAAGAGAGACAGAGACAAAGAGACAGCAAAGGGAGGCAGAGACAGAGCAGGCACUGAGGGAAAGCCACAACUGGGCAGAGGGAGAAGCCAGAGAAGCUGAAGAAGACACAGAUAGGGAGAGACAAAGACCCAGGAGAGAAGGGCACAGGAGGAAGUUUUGGAGGAGAGAGGUCCUUAGGCGCAUUUCUAGAGCCCAGGGACUGUUUUCUUCAUCUUCUCUGAACAUCCCUAGCCCCUCUAAAAACUUCGCCUCAGAUUUUGGCACAAAUCCGAGCCCCUCCGGCUUUAACGAGGAGUUUUCCAUAGUUAGGGUGGGGAGGAUUUGAUGCCUCCAAUGGCCUCAAUCCAUCCCAGCUGCAGCACCGGUACCAUGUCCCAGAUGGGCUUGCAUCCCGGGAGGGGCUUGACUGGGCACUGGCUGAGAAGAACCCAACUCCGCUUGCAGCUUCACACAGUGCCUUUCUCUGGUCUGGAGUGGAGGCGGUCGCUGGUGCUGCUGCUGGCCUCCCUCUUGCCCUUAGCCUGGGCAGCCAGCCCCCUCCCUCGGGAGGAGGAAAUCGUGUUUCCAGAGAAGCUCAAUGGCAGCAUCUUGCCUGGCUCAGGUACCCCUGCCAGGCUGCUGUACCGCUUGCCAGCCUUUGGGGAGGUGCUACUACUAGAAUUAGAGCAGGACCCUGGGGUCCAGGUAGAAGGGCUGACAGUGCAGUACCUGGGCCAGGCACCUGAGAUGCUGGGCGGGGCAGAGCCAGGUACCUACCUGACUGGCACCAUCAAUGGAGAUCCGGAGUCGGUGGCAUCUCUGCACUGGGACGGGGGAGCCCUACUAGGGGUGUUGCAGUACCGAGGGGCUGAACUUCACCUCCAGCCUCUGGAGGGAGGCUCCCUUAACUCUGCUGGGGGACCAGGGGCUCACAUCCUACGUCGGAAGAGUCCUGACAGCAGCCAAGGUCCCAUGUGCAACGUCAAGGCUCCUUCUGGGAGCCCCAAUCCCAUUCCCCGAAGAACCAAGCGCUUUGCUUCUCUGAGUAGAUUCGUGGAGACACUGGUGGUGGCCGAUGACAAGAUGGCAGCAUUCCAUGGUACAGGGUUAAAGCGGUACCUGCUGACAGUUAUGGCUGCAGCAGCCAAGGCCUUUAAGCACCCAAGCAUCCGAAACCCUGUCAGCUUGGUGGUGACUCGGCUAGUGAUCCUGGGGUCAGGCCAGGAAGGGCCCCAAGUGGGGCCGAGUGCAGCCCAGACCCUACGCAGCUUCUGCGCCUGGCAGCGGGGCCUCAACACCCCUGACGACUCAGAUCCUGACCACUUUGACACAGCCAUUCUCUUCACCCGUCAGGACCUGUGUGGCGUCUCUACUUGUGACACUCUGGGUAUGGCUGAUGUGGGCACAGUGUGUGAUCCGGCUCGGAGCUGUGCUAUUGUGGAGGACGACGGACUCCAGUCAGCCUUCACUGCUGCUCACGAACUGGGCCAUGUCUUCAACAUGCUCCAUGAUAACUCCAAGCCAUGUGUUAAUCUGAACGGGCAGGGGGGCUCCACUCGCCACGUCAUGGCUCCAGUUAUGGCUCACGUGGAUCCUGAAGAGCCUUGGUCCCCUUGCAGUGCCCGCUUCAUCACUGACUUCCUGGACAAUGGCUAUGGGCACUGUCUCUUAGACAAACCAGAGGCUCCCCUGCAUCUGCCAGUGACUUUUCCUGGCAAGGACUACGAUGCCGACCGCCAGUGCCAACUGACCUUUGGGCCUGACUCACGCCAUUGUCCACAGCUGCCACCACCCUGUGCUGCCCUCUGGUGCUCGGGCCACCUCAACGGCCAUGCUAUGUGCCAGACUAAGCAUUCACCCUGGGCUGACGGUACUCCCUGCGGGUCCGCACAGGCCUGCAUGGGCGGCCGCUGUCUUCACGUGGACCAACUCAAGGACUUCGAUAUUCCACAGGCUGGGGGCUGGGGUCCCUGGGGACCAUGGGGUGACUGCUCUAGGAGCUGUGGGGGUGGUGUCCAGUUCUCCUCCCGGGACUGCACAAGGCCCGUCCCCCGGAAUGGUGGCAAGUACUGCGAGGGUCGCCGUACCCGUUUCCGCUCCUGCAACACUGAGAACUGCCCAACUGGCUCAGCAUUGACCUUCCGUGAGGAGCAGUGUGCUGCCUACAACCACAGGACGGACCUCUUCAAGAGCUUCCCAGGGCCCAUGGACUGGGUCCCACGCUACACAGGUGUAGCCCCACGAGACCAGUGCAAACUCACCUGCCAGGCUCGGGCACUGGGUUACUACUAUGUACUGGAGCCACGGGUGGCAGACGGAACUCCGUGUUCCCCAGACAGCUCUUCAGUCUGUGUCCAGGGGCGCUGUAUCCAUGCUGGCUGUGACCGGAUUAUUGGCUCCAAAAAGAAGUUUGACAAGUGCAUGGUCUGCGGCGGGAAUGGUUCUAGCUGCAGCAAGCAGUCGGGCUCCUUCAGAAAAUUCAGGUACGGAUACAGUGAUGUGGUCACUAUCCCCGCCGGGGCCACCCAUAUUCUUGUACGGCAGCAAGGAGGUUCUGGCCCCAGGAGCAUCUACCUGGCCCUGAAGCUUCCAGAUGGUUCCUACGCCCUCAAUGGUGAAUACACGCUGAUGCCCUCCGCCACGGAUGUAACACUUCCUGGGGCAGUCAGUCUGCGCUAUAGCGGAGCCACGGCAGCCUCAGAGACACUGUCUGGACAUGGGCCUCUGGCCCAACCCUUGACGCUGCAAGUCCUGGUGGCCGGCAACCCACAGAACGCACGUCUGCGGUACAGCUUCUUCGUUCCGCGACCAGUUCCUUCAACACCACGCCCUCCUCCCCAAGACUGGCUGCACCGCCGGGCACAGAUUCUGGAGAUCAUUCGGAAGCGUCCCUGGGCCGGCAGGAAAUAACCUCACUCUCCCGGCUGCCCUUUUGGGGUGCCGGGGCCUCGGACUCAUUUGGGAAAAUGAGGGGGUUCUGCAGCUGCCUCAUGCUAAAACACAGCAGGGAAGUGCUGUAGAGGGCGAAACCUGCCCUGCCUCUCUGCCCUAAACUGCAGGCUGGCCCUGCCCUAGCUUCCUGCCCUGGGAGGCAGCGACGUGUAGGUGAAUGGAAAGGGGCUAGGAGACGCCCCCUAUCUAAACUGCCUCCUCUGCCCUGCAGGUCACAGGAGGGAGAGGGGAAGGCAGGAUGGGUCCUGGAUUCCAGUUGUAUUUAUUUAGUAUUUAUUCGCUUUUAUUUAGCACCAGGGAAGGGGACUAAGGUCUUGGGGAAACUCACCCCUUAUAGCCCCCACCCUAGCUAUGAAAUCAGGGUGGUGGUAACAAAUAUAAGUGGUGUGUGUGUGUCUGUGUGUGCGUGUGUGCAUGCAUGCGUGUGUUUUUGUAUGAGGUACAACCUGUCCUGCUUUCCUCUCCCUGGCUUUUUUUGGCUGGGAAAGGGAGAGCCAAAGGUAGGAUUGGUCUUCAGGGAGUGAGGGAUUAUCAUAUUUUUAAAUGUACAGAUCGAAGUCUGCUAUUUAUAUGCCCCUUUGGGGGUCAGACAAAUGUGGGUUGCACCUUGGCCCCCACAUCUUUGAGCAUUUGUUUUCUCGUUUGCCAAUAACAAUAAUACCUCCCUUAGAAAUUUGUUGUAAGGGUUAAAUAAUGUAAAUAAAGAACUAGCGUAGCGCCUCACCCUCCACAGGUACUCA